GGGUUCCGGAGGAGCAGCGCAUAGCAGAGGGAGCAAGAAGGAAUCAUGGCCACUUCAGAGCUGAGCUGCCAAGUGUCUGAGGAGAACCAGGAACGCAGGGAAGCCUUCUGGGCUGAGUGGAAAGACCUGACUCUGUCUACCCGGCCGGAAGAGGGAUGCUCCCAGCACGAGGAGGAUACACAGAGGCAUGAGACCUACCACCGGCAGGGACAGUGUCAGGCGGUGGUACAGCGCUCGCCGUGGCUGGUGAUGCGCUUGGGUAUCCUCGGCCGUGGGCUGCAGGAAUACCAGCUGCCGUACCAGCGGGUGCUACCCCUACCCAUCUUCACCCCCACCAAGGUGGGGGCCGCCAAGGAGGAGCGCGAGGAGACCCCCAUCCAGCUGCGGGAACUGCUGGCCCUGGAGACAGCCCUAGGUGGCCAGUGCGUGGAGCGCCAGGACGUGGCUGAGAUCACCAAGCAGCUUCCCCCUGUGGUGCCAGUCAGCAAACCGGGGCCCCUGCGGCGUACCCUGUCUCGAUCCAUGUCUCAGGAAGCUCAGAGAGGCUGAGAUGGACUGUGUGACUCAGGCUCCACUGUGUCUGUCUUGGGCUGGGCCCUUCCUGGCUAGGACCAUGGAGGAGAGCCGCUGGCCAUGGCUGCUUUGUAGUUUGCCCAGAGGUGGGGGCUAUGGGAGGAGGGAGCCAGAGGCCAGGAUGCCUAAGGUGUCCUGAGUUCCCACAGAGAGGGGAGUAAGGAUGGUGGGCACUAGGAGUGAGGAGCUGAACACCCUCAGCCCCAGAAGAAGGGACAAGGGAUACCGGGGAGAGCGAGAGGCCCCUGGAAACGGCCUGUUCGGUAACAGAUGGAGUAGAAGGAAGGAUGUGGAAUGCUCUGGAAAGGAGGCUCGGAGACUGGAAGGAGGGGGAUGUGAAGAGGGUGGAAGCGGGCAGGCCCCCAGCACCCUCUGUUAGCACUGCAAUAAAUGCUCAGCCAUGUUC